AUGACGUUCUUCAUCUUCGCGCUAAACGACCGUCUCGUCUGCCAUGUCAUACCACUUCUUGCUGCCGUGUCGCUCGCCCAGUGGAUGCUGGCGUGCCACGUCAGCGCGCAGCCUGGGCCAAUCACGUUCCGCGUUGACCCGAGAAGGUCAAAUCUGACGUGGGACUCGGAGAUCCCGCCGAAAGAAGGGCAGCUCGCAUCGGUUGUCGUUACCCCGGGAGGCUUCCCACUGGCGGGCACUGUAACGGUGGAUGUGAUCGAGUGCACGGAUAUAAGAACGUCCUUUAAUAUCACCCUGGCGCGCAUCAGCAACACGUCGCUGACGGGCAUCACUCCAGCGGGUCGACCAGCGCCGGCGUCCAUUGUGGCGCAGGCCAACGCCACUGGCACCAUCGCUGCCUUCGCACCCACCCUCAACCUCUCCACCUCGGACGUGCCGCCAUUCGCCAUCGACCAGACGUACGGCUCCUUCCAGUCCGCGUGGACCGUGCCCACUGCCACGUGGCGCGCUGUGAGAGGCUUUUUCGCCCCCAGCAGGGACUUUGGCGGCGGCCCCUUUUCUGCUAGCAACCUGACGGCCCCCCUCGCCUCCUUUGGCUUCGUUGAUGGGCACCUGAGCACUGUAGCAGCAAACCAGUCGCAGGUGCACCUCUUCAUCAACUCCACUGCCGUCUUCACUGCCCGGCAGCUGCUGCUGACGGCCAAUGCAUGGGCGUCCAUAAUGAGCAUAGUGAUGGGGCAGGGCCGCGUGCGCAUGCGCAUCCUCCUCACCGCCAUCGCGGAUAACCCCUGUGCCGUCGCCCCCACGCCUCCCUCACCGCGCUCGCGGCCGUAA